ACAGGCUCACAUUAUAGCCAGUCCACGCCACCUCUCUUCUUCUCUUUUGCGCUCGAGUGUAGCAAGUUAGUUCUUGUUUCUCGUAGGGAUUGUAGGUUUCUCGGCGUCAAAUUUUCUCUUGACGCGCUCGCUGUCUGAUAUUGUAACAUUCACGGCGCAUGUUUCCUUCGCAUUUGCACAGCAGUGAGCAGAUUUUGGAGGACGCCGCCGACGAGUGACGACACAAUUUGGCUCCUCUUGUGCGUGCGACAAAUCAUUUUCUGACGCAAAUAUGCUGGGGCGCGUGGUGCCUUCGCAAGGUUCGUGGAAGGUGCAGGUGGGUCAAGUGGUGAGCCCAACCCUUUUCUGGGGCUACAUUGACCACGAGAGCCAUCAGGAGUCCCAAGGGCUAUCUAACGCAGACGCCUUUCGGCUGGCUGAACUCGAGCACCGCAUGAUAGACGUUUUCGAGCAAGGCGAUGGAGCCGACGAAAAUUUCAUGCCUAAUCUUGGAUCGUUGGUUGGAGUGAGGGAGCAGCAAUCCGAGUCAUGGGUGCGCGGCAGGGUGGUUGGUUUGAUCAAGAAGAAUGGUGGCGUUGAAGCGAAGGUGUUCCUUGUCGACUAUGGCCAUCACUUGUCAGUUGAAGCACCAAAGUUGCGUCCUUUGCCUGACUGGGCUCUUGACAUGUGGCCUCAGGUCAAACUGUUCCAACUUUACGGACUCUUGCCAGCGCAAAUAAUCCAUUGUGAAGAGACUGACAAAUAUGAGCCUCGGAGGUCUGAAACGUGGUUGCCAGUAGUGGAGGGCCAAGUGCGGCAGUUACUAGACGCAGGCAUAUUCCUCACAUUUGUGCCUCUGAGGAGCAAGGAACAGCACAUAUUGGGUGAAUUGUAUGUGCAUGGCUCAAACAGGGAGUCGCAAUCUGUCAACAAAUACAUCCAUGACAGAAAAUAUGCGCUCUACAAUGCUGAUCAGUUUGAAAAGGAGCAUGAGAAUGGUGUCAAGAGUCUACUGGAAGAUCUUAAGGAAGGCUUCCGUGGGAUAGACGUCCUCAAUAUUCCUGCUAACACCGUGGAGAAACAAAAGCUCCUUGCUGAACCUGCCCCUCACUUCGUGCCAAUGGCAGCUCGUCUUCCUCGGAAGGGUGCUGAUGCUGACCAGGUCAACAAGCCUACACUUAAUAUGGCCAAGUAUCGAGAGGUCUUUCUCAGGAUGACAGAGCUUGAGGAGCAGCAGACCCAGCAGGACAGCUCUGAAUUCAGCUGGGGUCCAAGUAAGUUGAGACGACGGCAACAGGCAGAGUGCAAGGCCCAAGAGGCCCUUGCACUUGAUGAUGAUGUGUCUGAGCUUUCAAAGCAAUUUGCUGACAUCUUCAGUACGGAUGGGCUAGAUAAGAGCAACAAGCUUUGCAAUGUUCUGGUGAACGCGAAGAAUAUGCCAGUGCUGGUUCUUAAUUUCCAACAGGAGAAGCCCAUCUCUGUGAUCAGUGCAGCACCAUUUCAUACAGAUGUCCUCAAGGCUCUUGAGAAAAGUGGGUUUGUUGCUGCGACAAACCUCCAAAGGUACAUGUGGCGUGCCGUGGCAAGAGGUCGCAGUGUUGUGGCCAUUGGCAGUCACGAAACAGGAAAAACCUUUGGAUUUGCUGCACCUCUUGCCAGUUAUCUCAUUUACCAGGCUAUUCCCAGAUCUGAGAGGAAUUUCAAUUUGUUUGGUCCAAGCGUGCUGAUUGUCUGUUCGUCGGCCUUAAAGGCCGAGGGACUCGAAGACUCGCUUAAAAAGUUGGUGACUGAUGCCACCAUCAACAGGCAGCCUGUUAGGAGAUCUGACUUCUCUAGGGUUAAAAUCUGUAUGAUUAACGGUGAAGAGGAACUAAGAAAAGCUGCUUUUUCCCUGCUGAAUGGUUGUCAUGUACUUGUGACCACAAUGCCUGCCUUUGAGAGUGUUGCAUUGUUCUGCUCAGGGAUGGCACUGGAUCUAACAAAAGUCAAGACUGUUGUGCUCGAUGAUGCAGACAUACUUUUAGUACAGUACAAAAAAGAGGUGGAAAAUAUGUUGGCCUUGUGUGAAGAGGAAAGUGGUAGCAUGGAGAAUCUUCAGCUGGUGGUAACUGCUCGCCAGUGGACCCCAGAACUAGAGGCAUUCACCACUAGCAGCAUGCUAGCCACACCUGUGACCAUUGUGGCUUCUGGCUUUGAGCUACUUUCAUUUGGACAUAUCCGUCCACAUAUGCAUUGCAUUACAAAAAUGCAUGCGAGUGAAGCUGAUCAUGAAGAACGAAUUCGUUUUGCUUCUACCUUGCUCUCUGCUAGACUUGGCGAGCGCAGAAUUAUUGUUUGCUGCCGAGACUUUGAAGAAACACAGCGACUGCAUUCUUCGUUUGGCGGCUCUUUGGAAGAGCUUAUCAUUGUGGCCAGCAGCACUGAAAAUAAUGCCAAAGUCAACGCCUGGAGGAACCAGUGGCAUGAGAUGACGGUGGCUGGGCGUCAACCUCUCUUGAUUACUUGUGACAAUGUAUUGCCCUUCCUCUGUAUUUCAAAUGCAGAUAUGAUUGUCCACUUCUCUAUGGCAAAAUCCAAGCACAGUUUCAUGCUUCGCCACUCUGCAAUUAUGGACAGCUUGCAGAAUGGAAUGCACAAGCCAGAGGUACACUUGCUAUUGGAUGCAAAUGAGAAUGAGAAACAACUGCUGUUGUUGGUGGAGUUUCAAGAACGUAUGAAUGCCAAUGUUCCUGCAGUCUUUGAAGCUAAAGUGAAGGAAAUGCGAGCAAAAAUGGAGAAAGACAGACACCUGCAUAUUCUUUGCCCUAAAGUGUGCGCAUUUGGAAGAUGUGCUGACUUCAAUCUGUGCGCCGAGCGCCACUCACUCAAUGAGACGGACAAGCCUGCGCCAUUUAUGCCAAUUCAGGGAGAAGUCAAGCUGCAGGUGGCGCAAGUGCAUGACGCAACUCACAUCUCGGCGCGUAUUUUGGAGCAUAAGGAUGAGCUGGACCAGAUUACCACACACAGUGGCAAUGAGCAUGCCUUGCUAGCUAUGGACAUGGGCGAGUACUUCAGUGAUGCUGAGAAAAGGACACAUCAACUGGGUAGUGUUCAGCCAGGGUUAGUGUGUGCAUUUGAGUCGGCACCAGAUGUCUUCCAACGUGUACGAAUUGAAAGUGUGAUGGCCAUGAGCAAUAUAAAUCGGGAGCCACUGGAGGUCAAGGUCAAGUCGCUUGAACUUGGCUGGCGACAAGUAUGCAAUGUGUCUCAACUGCUAUUCCUGCCAAAGGUUUUGCGUGAUGUACCUCAGAGUGUUGUUGAUGUGUAUAUCAGCAAUGUGGCUCCAAAACAGGAGCAAGCCGAAUGGGGCUCUAACGCCACCAAGCUGACUGCUACUUGGCUUCAAAACGCAUCAUCUUCCAGCCAAUAUUCACUUCGAGGAAAGAUUGCUUUAUGCCUUGCUGAUAAUCUGUGGCUUCAACCUCUUGAGUGUGUCCUUGAGAGCGCUGUUCCAGUCGGAAUCUUUUCAUUUGGCGCCCGUCUUGUUCAGAGCCAUGUAGCUGACAAGAAUGUAAAACACUUGAGUAAUCUGAGGAACCUCUGUAUGCAGGCAAACAUUGAUUUGCCAGCGCCCCCAAAAAUUGAGAUCAAACAAAUUACAAAAGUGCCAGCAGAUGGCAAGGAAAGCAUUUGCGCCGACUGGGCCUUUCUAACCUGUGGGAGUUUGUCAGAAGUCAGAGUGUCAUUUAUUCAUGAGUCCUUAAAUAAGGUUUUUGUGCAGCCUGCUGAGUUCAGUGAUUUAUUGGAUCACCUACUGGACCGCUUAGCUGAGCACCAGAAUAAACAGGAAAAGAUGGCUUGGAAAUCGACACCCAAUGACGAAGGAACUUUCAUUCUUGCCAAGAACCCACGUGACCACACUUGGCACCGAGCACAGAUUAGGAGCAAAGCUUCGGAGCAGGAGUUUUUGUGCUUCUUUGUAGAUGUCGGCUGUGAGGAUCUUGUCAAGUUGCGCCUAACUUUGCCUCUUCCAUCACAGUUGCUCCGACAACUGCCCUGCCAGGCAAUUGAGUGUGUUUUGGAGAAAAAUCCAAAAGUGGAUGAACAGGGAUUGGGUAAAAUUCUUCGAAAUAACCAAAAGACCAUCAGUAUUGAGGUUUUGGAUAAGACCAAGAGCCAAGUGACACGUGGAUGGUGCUACAGUGUUCGACUUCGUGAUGAAGUUCUGAGAGAAGUUGACACAGAUAAUCCAAAAAUAGCCCUUGCUAGUUUUGAUAAUGAGUUUGAAGCUGACACAGACGAGCAUGGCAAAAACCAUUUAUUAGAGGAAUCGUCAUCUAGAAGUGACGAUGAGUCCAUUUUUGAUGAUCUUCCAGAUGAAUUAUCUGAAUUAGACAUUGAGGAGCUUACUAGUCUAUUUUCAGAAUUCAAAUUUGAGAAGGAACAACUUGAGCGUCUGAAAAAGUUUUCUGCACCUAUACCACAGCCUCAAGGAAAACCAGAAGCUGUUGUACCAAAGGUGAAAUACGUGGAAGCUGUUGCUUCAAAGAAAGAAGUGCAACAAAAGCAUGAAGGGCCGCGGCUGAUUUCGACUUGCUAUGACUCGCACAUUCUAUGGAGCCAAACAGCCCAGUGGAUUCGGCUGCGUGUCCAGCUUAUCGAUGUCCAAGACUAUUACCUCAGGAUAACUCCAGAGCGCCUAGAUUUUGCGUGCUACUGUCAAGGCCGUGCCUAUUGCUUCAACAUGCUCCUCUUUGGUUAUGUUUUGCCCAAUGAUAGCCAGCACUGUUCUCGAGGCCGCUGUGUUGAGAUCAAAUUGAGGAAGUCAUUAGAUGUGGCAUGGCCAAGAGCUGAGAGAGCCGUCGAGAGUGCUUUGCUGACCCCAGAAAUAGUGGAAAGUGCAGCAGACAGUGAAGAAGAGGAAGGAGUCUCAAAUUCUAAAUGGCUGACUAAGCAGAGGCUUGGCUAUGGUCGAGGCAUUGUCGGACAGGUACCUUUGCCAGACGAUUUAGAACUACCUGAUGAAAUUGAAGAGUUUACAUCACCCAAGAAUGAAAACUGUGACAUGUAUGAUCCUUUAGGCUAGGUUAGGAUUUUUGUCAAAACUAUUACAAUUUGAGGAGAAGCAAUCAUUGCUCUAGACCAUAGAAAGUUUCAAUUUUCAACUCUGUGUAAAGCAUGAUAAUAAUUAGGGGGCUUACAAGAAUAUUUUUUAAUGAAAAUCGGCACUCUUAAUGUUGUGUACGGUGGUGUCAAAGCACGUUUUGAAUUUGAAUUAAAUUGAAUAAAAUCUCUUCAAUCAUUCGAUCAUAUACUGAAAUGAGAGCAAAGUAUUUUCA